GUCGAUGAGAACCACUAUAUUUACAACUUGUUUGCUUUGCAUUUUGCUUCGCAUUCUCUGUUUGCUUCGCUUCAGGUUUUGGUGUCCCAAAACCGAAGUUUAGAGUAUCUGACUGAAAUUGGGAGGAAAUGGGUCGGGGUGUCAGUGCCGGCGGUGGACAGAGUUCUUUGGGUUACCUAUUUGGAACAGGAGAGACCACUAACAAUACCCAAGUUGCUCAGAACCAAGAGCCAGCAACAAAAAAUGGGCCUUCACUAAAGACUGCUGCUGCUUCACAACCAAUCGAUAAGCAGAUUCCAGCAGGUGUUCAGGGGCAUCUUACAAACAAUUACUCCCGGGCUGAUGGGCAGAACUGUGGCAACUUUAUUACGGAUCGGCCUUCAACCAAAGUUCACUCUGCCCCUGGUGGUGGAUCUUCGCUGGGGUACCUCUUUGGUGGUAGUGGUGGGAACUGAUGUCUUUGAUCCUCGUGAAUGCAUCAGUCGUGCACUAUGAGCUGAUAUGUUUUAUUAUUGUUAAAAUAAGUAUCUCUUUUAUGAAAAAAAAUGUACUUUGUCCUUGGGCAGUGUAGAAUUGUCUGGAUGGAAUUUAUGUGGCUGGACAUCCUUUGAUUUGAAAAAAUAGAAGAAGAAAAAACAGAGGUCGGGGAUUUUAUAUCAAA